ACGGAAAGUGCUCGACGAGAAAUAGAGGAGGGAGAAGAAGAAAGCGGGCAAGGGAGGACAUCACCGACUUUGGAAGUUAACCAGCAGCGAAGUGAUACUCGACUGGGCUGUGGCUGCAAAGGACGCUUUGGGGGAAAGUACCUGCUGGCAGGUUGAACAAUGGAUUGGUCGGCCAACCCCACAUUUGCAGCCAUGCUUGCAGCAAUGACUCAGUUGGUUGCUGCACCUGCACAAAAUACCGUUUCCGUGGCGCCUGUUCAGCCUCCGCUCGUUCCAGCUCUCGGCGCGCAGCAUGGUUGGCCUACAGUCCCUCCUCCGCAGCACCUUCACGGCCAUUGUUUGCAUGGCCAACUGGCACACUACUGGCCUCCACCAGCACAAGCGCCGCCGCCAACAACACAUCUGCAGCUCGCACAUGUUCUUCCUCAGUCGUCCAUACCCUCCAGCGCUAUGCAUCCUUGGGCACAUGUACCUGCCGCACCAGCACAUCAACAUCAGCAGUGUCUUGAGGAUCAACUCUUCGAUGCGCUUCUGGCGUUGGCACAGGCAACUACCCAUGUUCAGUUGUUGCAGCAGCGACUUAAUCAGCAGCGGGAAGGGGUGUCGGCGCCGGCUCAAAUUGCCCAGGGGAUGACUUUCCCUCGGUCUGUACGGACAGUCUUGCCACCAGUGGUUGGCAACGGCAUGCAUAGGGGUGUUGGAGACGAGACGCUGCAGCAGUGUGACCCUCCUCCCUCCUCGUUCCACCACAUGCCGGGGGAAACUCUCCCCCGGCAGGAUUGCAAUCAUGAUCGGGUGGCGGUUGGUUUUCGGGAGUAUAGUGAUGUCCAGAGAGGAAGGAUGAGAGCACUGGUUAACCUUUUGCAGGGCGUUGGUGAGAGGCACCAUGAGCCCUCCACUGCAGGGGGCAGUGAAGUGGGUAGCAACGAUUCCUGUUGCUCGACAUGGAGAACACCCUCGCAAGCACCCGUCGCAGGAAAGAAGCGAAAGGGACCAUCGAGUCCGUCUUCAUCUUGCUCAUCUGCUGCGCUUGCUCACAACGGUCGCGAGAGGCUGCCUGUUGUGCAGUUUCCACAGUGCAAUGGUGAUGAUGUGGCCUUGGCGUGGACUCUUGGAUCUGGGAGUGCAUAUGAAUCAAGCCCCACAAGAUCAAGGUGUUUGGCAAAGCGCCCAAAGGUCCGCCACUAUCCGGGGUUGAUGGAACCAUGCAGACGAACGCAUCGCUGCAGCCGUUGUAGGAAAACUGGCCACAACAAAACGACCUGCAAGGAGCUGCCAUGGUAUGUUGCUGCCAACAGUCCGCCGAGAUUGACUGCUGCCACUCGUCCUGUGAUGGGAGGUGGAGGUAUUGGUGUUGCCCAGGCAGUUGGUGGUGCAAGGGUGGCGUGCAUCCCAAGGCUCGCCGGACAAGCGAUCUAGCAUCAGCCAAAAAAUCAAAGGAUGAUAUAUGCAUGUUCUUCAGCAUCUUUGGACAAUCAAGGAGAUUUCUACGACUUGGGAGCGGCCGAUGUGACUUCUGGGUGAGGAUGGUCAGUCACUCAAGGCAGGUCCAGCGCAAGGGAUGCCAUGGAGGAGAGGCCUUGUGCGCGUCAUGUUCAAGGCAACAACUAACCUGUUGAGAUUGGCAGACUAAAGCAGUUGCAUCUCGUGCACUGAGGAAUGACGAGGAGCGAAGAGGUUGGACAUUGCGGACGGGGAGGGCUAUGUAGUGCUGAAAAGCAGACAAAUGGCGAAGAUGCAGUCGCGAUUGCUUGUGAAAUGGAGGUCUUUUGUCCAAGUCGAACUGGAGGUCUUCUUCCGGAUGGUCCCCACAAUGCAGACAUAUUAUAUUUGGGGCUGAUCUCCGUUGUGUAGCGGAUUUGCCCGGAGCAGCACCCUGCAUCGUUUCACGGCAGCUCAGGCGGUGGGUCACCACGCGUAUAACAGUGUGUGUUAUUAUGGGAUUUCCGAACGUGAGAUGUGAGCAGAGGUGGGUUGUGAGAAAUAAAUGGGAACGGAUCUU